AUGGCUGCUGUGGCUGCCCAGCUGAAUCGAGGUGGAGGUGUGGCUGAGCACUCAUUGGAGGAUUACUUCACGGCACACACCGGAGCAGCAGGGCCCACCUCUGACAGCACUCUCUCUCGGCUCGCUCGCCCACGACUGGAACAGGCUGCAAUUCAGACCGCCUUGCAAGACGUACCCAGCUUCUUCCAGGGCGACUGUCAGCAACUGUUCGAAGAGUAUUCUCAGCUCUAUUCCUACUGGCUUCUGCAGAUGAGCAGCGGGUACAAUGUACUGCUGUAUGGGCUUGGAUCCAAGAAAAGGUUGUUGGACGACUUCUGCAAGAGCUGUCUCUCGCAGUCUUGUCACCUUGUCGUCAACGGUUAUUUCCCUGGACUCACACUCAAGCAAGUUCUCAACAGCCUCAGCUCCGACUUACUGGGCCACAACGGUACCUUCAAAUCCCACACCGAGCACGCUCAGUUCAUCGGCGACAAACAAACCGGGAGCGAAAUGAGUGAAAUAUUUUUAAUAAUCCACAAUUUGGACGGACCGAUGUUGAGAAGCGAGCGUGCUCAAGCUGCUCUGAGCGUUCUGGCCUCGUCCAAGUGUGUCCACGUGAUGGCAUCAGUUGACCAUAUCAACUCGUCUCUCCUCUGGGACCAAACAAAAAUGAGUCGAUUCAGCUGGGCGUGGCACGACGUCACCACCUUUCAGACCUACAAGGAGGAAACUUCGUACGAGAAUUCGCUGCUCGUUCAGCAGUCCAGCUCACUGGCGCUCAGCUCUCUCACACACGUCAUGAGGAGCCUCACGCCAAAUGCCCGCAAGAUUUUCGAGCUCCUGGCAAAGUACCAGCUGGAGAACAAGAGGGAGGGGGAGAGAAGCUACCAGGGCCUCUCGUUCUCCGAGUGCUAUCGGAGAUGUCGGGAGGAUUUCCUCGUUAAUAGUGACUUGACGCUCAGAGCUCAACUGACAGAGUUUAUCGACCAUAAGCUGGUGCGGUCGGCAAAGGGGAGUGACGGGGUGGAUUACCUGACUAUCCCAGUGGAUGAUGCAACUCUCUCUCAGUUUCUGAGUGAAUUCAACGACUAA